AGGCAUGUUUGUUACUUGGAAGUACAUCCUGGAUCCCAGGUCUAGAUAUCAAAGUCGCCUUCUGUGACAGCAGGAGCGGCAGGAAGACACCAGGACACUCCGUGGCUGGAAAUGGAGUCAGUGAGCUUUGAGGAUGUGGCUGUCAAGUUCACGCAGGAGGAGUGGGCUGUGCUGGAUCCAUCCCAGAAGAAGCUGUACAAAGAUGUGAUGCAGGAAACCCUGAGGAACCUGGCCUCUAUAGGAAACAAGUUGAGCAAACAGAAGGUUGUGAGUGAGUAUGAGAAACUAUGGAGAAAACUGAGCAGCCAACUGGUGGAGAAGUUCUGUGACUAUCAUGAAAGUCGUCAGUGUGCAGAAAUCUUCAGCUUCAAUCCAGGGCACUCCUGUCCAGGACUUGCUACCUUUGUAAAGAAUGCCUGUGAAGAGGGUAGAAUUGGCCAUUCAUCUCUGGGUGUGCCACUGAACCAUCAGGUAGGACCUUAUGAAGACCAGGAAUAUGGACAGGCACUGUAUGAACGUAAGGAGUUGGGGAGCAGCUCCAGUUCUCUGUCCCUUCAGAUGCACAAAAGCACUCCCACCGGAGAAAAACCUUCCAACAAUAAAAACUUUGAAGAAGACCUUCCUUGUGUCAAAUCCAGCCAAAUGUAUGAACAAAAUGGUUGCGCAAAGAAGUCUUAUAUGCACAAGGCAUGUGGGAAAGGUUUCGCGCAUCCCAGUCCUUUACAAAGGCAUGAGAAGGUUCACAGCGUUAAGAAGCCCUAUGUGUGUGAACUGUGUGGGAAAGGCUUUGCUCGGUUGGGUAACCUUUUAAGGCAUCAGAGAACUGGCACAGGUGAGAAUCCUUUUCUGCCUGAUCCUUACACAAGGUCUCUUCCCCGUUCUGCUUGCCUUAGAAGAAGAAUGAGUAUUCACGCUGGUGAGAAGCCCUAUGUGUGCGAACAAUGCGGGAAAACUUUUCUUGAUUCCACUUACUUUCGAAUACACAGAAGGAUUCACACCGGUGUGAAACCCUAUGUGUGUAAGCAGUGUGGGAAGGCCUUCACUGCUUCCCGCUACCUCAAAUCACACGAGCUGACUCACACCCGGGAGAAGUCUUACGUGUGUGAGCAGUGUGGGAGCGCCUUCACAUUUUGGUAUCAGUUUCAGAAGCACAAAGUGACUCACAGCGGUGUGAAUCCUUACGUUUGUAAGCAGUGCGGGAAAGGCUUUACUUACUCCAGUUCCCUAAAAACGCAUGAAAGAACCCACACUGGUCAGAAGCCCUACGUGUGUAAGCACUGUGGGAAAACCUUCGGUAGUUCCGGCAACCUUAAAAGACACGGAAGCACUCACACUGGCGAGAGACUGUAUGUGUGCAAGCAGUGUGGGAAGUCGUUCAAUAAUCACAGCUCCUUUCAGUUCCACAAUCGGAUGCACACCGGAGAGAACCCCUACAAGUGUAAGCAGUGUGGGAAGGAUUUAGCUUCUUCCUCCUCCCUGCAGAACCACGAAAGGAAUCACUCUGGAGAGAAGCCCUAUGCGUGUUUGCAGUGCGGGAAAGCCUUCAGUUCCGACAGCUCCCUUCGGAAGCAUAAAAUAAUGCACAGUGAAGAAAAACCCUACGUAUGCAAGCACUGUGGGAAGUCUUUCCGCCGCUUUUUUGAGGUCCGGGUACACGAACGAAUCCACAGUAGCGAGAGACCCUAUGAGUGCGAGACGUGCGGGAGAGGCUUUUUGAGUUCAACUCAUCUGCGAAGGCAUGUACCGAUUCACAGUAGACCAAAUAAGGGAAUUAGUAAGUAACAUGGUAGCUCUCACGAAGUCCCCACGUGCUAGCAAUGUGGGGAAAUGUCAGACAGAUUCGAGAGAAGGUAUUCUUUUGAAUUGGUGUAGCUGUUACUACUAGAAAUGCUCUUCUAAUACACAGAAGCAGACACUGGAGAAAAGCUGCAAGACACACUUCAGAGUUCUUCUCAUUGUGGAGAAGAUGUGAAAUAGCUCACAUUGGAGAGAAACCUUACGCACGCCAUGUGAAAAGCCUUUAGUAAUGAGGGGACCCUCAAGAGACAUUGCCCUCAUUUGGACAGACGUCCUUUAUAUAUAUAAUGUGGUGAUCUGAAUAAGAAUGUUCCAGACCUGCUUAUAGAUGCCAAUGUUUAAUUACCAGGGAGUGGAAUUGUUUGAAAGGCUUAUGAGAGUUAGAAGGUCCGACCCUUUUUGUCUGUGAGCUUUCUGGAGGUUUGACACCGUGGGGUGGACUGUGAGGUUUCUAAAGGCCAUGCCAGGUCAGUCCCUCAUUCUCUCUGUGCUUGUGGAUCAGGAUGUAGCUCCCAGACAUGAUGCUAAUGGUCUGAGUCUCUGAAACUGUAAGCAAGCUCACAUUAAAUGCUUUGUCUUCUGAGA